AUGGGUGAUAUGUUACACCUGGUAAGCCUGCUGCUGAUUGGAAUUGCGGCAUGGGGAAUCGGCUUUGGCCUCAUCUCUAGUUUCAGAGUUGUUGGAGUGGCAAUUGCAGUAGGAAUCUUCCUCUUCCUUAUUGCCUUGGUUGGAUUGAUUGGUGCAGUGAAACAUCAUCAAGUACUGCUAUUCUUUUACAUGAUUAUUCUUUUGCUAGUCUUUAUUGUCCAGUUUUCUGUCUCCUGUGCCUGUUUGGCACUAAACAAGGAACAGCAGAGUCAACUUCUAGAGGUGGGGUGGAAUAACACUAACAGCGCAAGAACAGACAUUGAGAGAAAUCUGAAUUGUUGUGGAUUCAGAGUUUUUGACCCGAAUGAAACCUGCUCCUCUGACUGUUUUAGAAGUCACCACUGUCAACCAUGUGCACCAAUAAUAGAAGAAUAUUCUGGAAUGGUGCUGAGAUUUGUUGGAGGCAUAGGACUCUUCUUCAGUUUCACAGAGAUUCUGGGAGUCUGGCUGACGUAUAGAUACAGGAACCAAAAGGAUCCCCGUGCAAACCCUAGUGCAUUUCUUUGAUAAGUUUAUAAAGGACUGAAUCUUCUUUCUGCACCAUCUACUUCAAACUAAUGAUUCUCCAUAGUUUGCUAUUUCUCCAUAAUAGGUGUUCUACCUGUACGCAAAAGAAAACUUUAUUUCCAUAAGAAAUUUGUAGUUUUCAUAUUUAAUUUCAUACUAUUUUUCUUCUAAGAAUCUCUAUCUUGAAGUAGACUGGUGCGUUCAGUGGCUGGACAGAGUCCAACUGUUGCUCUGAGGUGGUUAAAUAACUCAAUAAAUGGUUGUGGUGAACGCUAUACAGUGAGUUUUAUAGCACUACUGGCUUCUCUGGUGUUGAAAACCACCCAAAAGUAUUUUCUGCUGUAUUCAUUGAUUACAAAAAUGCACAUGAUUUCUCAUAAAAAUAUAUGGUGGAUG